AUGAACAGGCGAUUCCGGAUCGACACGGACGCGUUUGAGGGUCAGGAAAGGCGCGAACCGCAAUACCAGGAUCCGAUUCCAAUCUUGCAGCAUUAUCCGUGCGAGGAGGGCGAUGGAGUGACUGGUUGCGACAUCUGUGAGACGAUCGGAGAAGUUUGUAGUUCCCAAUUGCGACUCAAGAUGACGGGUCUGAUCACGAACGACUACAUCCUCGAGCUGCUGAACCUCUUCCAAACGGCCGAGGUUCCAUUCGUCGUUCCUCGAACUUCCUCGCGAACCGGCGAGUGCCGGGUACUAAGUACUAAGUACUGGGACUUGGCUCUGUCGCAGGUGGAGCCGGGGAAUUGGUUUCAGAAGCUGGUCGGGAGCGUGAGGACGGACGUCGUUCUGAAGGACGUUUCGCUUGAGGUCCGCGGCGGCGAGGUCAUGGCCAUCCUGGGAUCCAAAGGCAUGUCCAUCGAUCGCUAUGGUGAAUUGGGAUGCAGGGAGCGGGAAGAGGACGCUGCUGGAAAGCAUCAGUCGGAGGGCGCAGGGACCGCGGCGGGGUCAGGUGCUGCUCAACGGGGUUCCGAUGACCAAGAAGCUCUUUCAGGAGUCGUGUGCCUAUGGCUGUCGGUCCGCGAGACGCUGCGAUACGCAUCAAAACUGACCAUCAGCGACACCAAGGUCUCCGACGCCGUGAAGCGAGCUCGAGUCAAACAGGUCAGCCGAUUUCUCCCCUCUCGCUCUAUUCCCGCCUUUUCGACCACGACGCAACGAAGGUGCGACCGUGCAGUCGUGGUGCUGCUGGACGAGCCGACGUGGGACCUGGACCCGCUCAACACGUAUUUCAUCAUCUCGAUCCUGUCGAAUCUCGCGAAGAAGAAUCACCGGAUCGUGAUCCUCACGAUGGAGAAGCCGAGAUCCGACAUCUUCCCCUUCCUCGACCGGGUCACAUACCUUUGCCUCGGGGAGGUGGUGUACGCCGGGAGCACCCGAUUGAUGCUGGAUUACUUCAGGUCCAUCGGGUUCCCCUGCCCCGAGCUGGAGAAUCCCCUCAUGUACUACUUGUGCCUGUCGACGGUGGACCGCCGGACGCGCGAGAGGUUCCUCGAGAGCACGAGCCAGAUCUCGGCGCUGGUGGAGCGGUUCAAGGCGGAGGGAGGCCCGUUCCGGCAGUUCUCGGCGCCGCACCUGGGGGAGGCGACGCCGGACCCGUACGAGACGCCGGCGGUGCAGCACCGGGUGCCGCUGACGGCGUACGGGCCGCCGUUUGCCGUCACGAAGAUCUGGACGCUCUUCGCGCGGAUGUGGUCGAUGACGUGGAACCUGAAGGAGAUGGGGAGGAAGGAGUUGUUUCUGCGGCUGUUUCUCUUGCCGUUUUACUUCUUCGUCCUCUGGAUUUUCGUGUAUCGGCUGGAGGAGACGCAGAGGUCGUUCGUGACGAGGAACGGAUUGAUGCUGCAUACGCUGGCGGGGGUGUCGUUUCUUUCGGCUGUCGUCACGGCUGUCACUUUCGCCCCGGUGAGAACGGCGUUCUACCAGGAGACUCGAGACGGAACGUACAAGACGUGGCACUUCCUCCUGGCAUACACCAUCCGAUCGGCCCUGCUCUCCUUAUUCGCCGUCUUCGCCUCCGCGGCCAUCAUCUACUGGGGAUGCGGGUUGCGGGAUGAUGUGAUCCGGUUCCUCUUCUUCGCGGGGGUGCUCUAUGCGGUGAAUAUGUUUGCGGAGCAGCAGACCGUCGCUCUCAUGCUGGUCGUCAAGGCGUCGUAUCAUGCAGUCAUCGCAUCCUUCUUCUUCCUCAUUCUCUAUAUCGCCCUGGCCAGCGGAACUCUCAAGAGCCUGCUGACCCUCUCGGGUUGGCUCUACUACUUGAGCUACGCCGUGAUCUACCGAUACGCGGGGGCGUUCCUCCACGAGAGCGAGUUCCGAGGGAACCUGGUGGCGCUGCCGUCGCGGAACGCGACGACGUGCCGACAGACGAACGCGGAUUUCGGCUGUCGGUACGCGAACGGGACGCACUAUCUGACCGAGCGGUACUUCUUCACGGACGAGGUGAUGAACUCCACGCAGUACUUGUCUCAGAGGCUGAACCUGGACCCGGAGCGGCAUCCGGAGGACCUGCAGUACUAUUUCAACUUCGCCAUGUGCCACGCCUUUGCGGUCGGGAUGCUCCUCGUCAAUUUCGUCCUUUAUUCGCUGCCGCAGCCGAGGUUCAUGAAGGCGAAGUUCAGGGAUGGGAAUCUCUGAUGGUGACAAUGGUAGAAGAGUGUGAAUAUUUUUUUUUUAUGGACUGGUUGGGAGAAAUUGCGGACGUGUUGGAUCUGUUUCCGUAGAAUCGAAUGGAAGAAUCUCGAGAGUUUUUUCUCCGACAAGUAUGAUUAUAUUUUCCGUCCACUGCAUAUGAGGGA